GGAGUGUGGGGAGCGCAGAAGUGCACGAAAGAUGCGAACGGCGUCCUGAGGUACAAUGGUCUGCCGUGUGCCAGCACAACUCGCAACGACAAUGGACGUAAAGGAGCGUGUGGGUGUGGACCAAAAAACACAGGUAACUUUAAUUAUUAAGAGUAAGUUUGUAAAAAAAACUAUGUUAACAAAAUGCCGCUGUUAAAUAUACUAAAAAUCACGUGGAAAAUAACGCACCAGCAAAGUUGCACGAGAUUUCAUUUUUUUUUUUUUAUCAAAUGAUAUACAUUUUUUAAUGAAAGCUUUUGACAUAAGGUUUAAAUACACAUCGUUGAAAAUAUUCAUUCAGGAAAAUGGUUUACCAUAGAUUAGGUUACUUCUUUUAAAUUUAAAAAAAAAAAACGAGGCACCGGAGUAUUUAUAACGAAACUAUAAUUUGUCUCUUUUGUUAUCACUGUUAUAGUCAAAUUCAAACCAGUAACGUUUUAGUCCACAUAGCAAAAAUAAGGGGUCGUCCAUAAUUAUGUCAACAAAAUAUGGGGGGAGGGUAGAAAUGUUUGACAAUGGGGAGGGGGGGCUAGAUUAGUUGACUGGUUAUUACAUUAUUUUAACUAAUAAACAUGAGUGUAAAUUAAAAUAGUUACAUAAUUUUUAGUUAUAAAAAAUUUUGCAAUAAAUGUUUGUUCUUCAAUUUUAUGUUAUUAAAAUAGAUCAUCACAACGUAAAAUGUUGUUAUAUGUAUUUAUUUUAUAAUUUAUAUUAAUACUUUUUGUGGGGGGGGGGGAGGGGGUAGAAAUAUUUAUAAUAAUCAAUGAGGAGGGUCAUUAAAAGUUUGACAGUUGUUGACAGUUGUUGACAGUUGUUGACAGUUGUUGACAGUUGUUGACAGUUGUUGACAGUUGUUGACAGUUGUUGACAGUUGUUGACAGUUGUUGACAGUUGUUGACAGUUGUUGACAGUUGUUGACAGUUGUUGACAGUUGUUGACAGUUGUUGACAGGGUGAGGGGUAAACAAAUUGCUUAAAAAGUUGUUGACGUAAGUAAUGGACGACCCCUAAGUCCAGCCUGGAGCAGUUUAAUUUUUCUUUCAUUUAACCAAGGAAAGCAACAUACAACAAUAGUCUCCCUUAAUAUGUGUCUGCCCCAUAGCUUGAAAUACGUUACUAAAUAGCGAAUUCACAAUGAUGGAGCAUAUUUUUUUACACAACUAAUUGGAGUAAAUGAUGACAGAAAUCAACGAAACAAUUUUUUUAUCUUAUGUCAUAAUAUUUGCCAUUAAAUUGUAUAUGUACUGUUACUAACUAUGUUUAUGUAUUGUCGCAGACACCACUUUUACCUGGAACUUGGCUUCGUAUACUACCGCUGUUAAUGAACACUUCUUUCGUGAUAAUAACUUGUUCUGUGGCGCAACUUGUGGCGCGUGUGUGGAGUUAACUCCAACAGGUGGGUAA